UAAUUAUAACAUUUCAAGUUGGAUCAUGGCAUUCACAAUAAGAGUUGUAGUGCUUCAUCUGUUGAUAAUAGAAAUAAUAAAAAUAAGUUCGUUGCUUCUUCAAGCUAACGCACAAGAAUUAUUAAUAAAGCUCGAAGAACCGAAAUUGAAGAAAUGCGGAAUUAAUAGAAUUUAUCAGUUUGGUGAUUCACUUUCCGAUACCGGAAAUUGCCUGAGAGAGAGCUAUUGUGGAGCUCAUACUGGGUGUAGAUUCCCUCCUUAUGGAAUGAAUUUUUACCAGAAAGAAAUAACGGGGCGUUGUUCUAAUGGAUUGCUCAUGGUUGAUUUCAUGGCGCUGGAAUGUGGUCUUCCUCUCCUAAAUCCGUCCUUGGAAGAAAAUGCAAAUUUUAGUCAUGGUUCGAAUUUCGCAGUAGCAGGGGCUACUGCUUUAUCAGUUGAACAACUUGCAGAGAGGAACAUUUCUAUGUCUUAUACAAAUAGUACAUUAACUGUGCAGCUUCAUUGGAUGUCUUCUCAUUUCAAUUCCAUUUGCUCUACGGAUUGCCCAAAAUAUUUGGAAAAGUCACUUUUCCUAGUUGGAGAAAUAGGAGGAGAUGAACUUGCGUAUGGGUUUAUCCAAGGUAAAACCAUACAAGAGUUGCGAACAAUGGUGCCUGAUAUUGUUCAUGCCAUUAUUCGCGGUGUUAGAAGAGUUAUAAGUUUUGGAGCUACUCGAAUUGUAGUUCCAGGUAAUAUUCCAGCUGGUUGUAACCCGGUUAUCCUGACCAUAUUUGGUACCAGACCCUCAACCACAUACGAUGAGUAUGGUUGCGUCAAAGAGUGGAACAAUUUUAUGAUGUAUUACAACAAUCAUUUGAAACGAGGAAUUUACAUGCUGAAGAGAGAAUAUCCAAACAUUUCAAUCAGUUACGGCGACUACUACAAUGCUUAUCUGUGGCUUCGACAAAAUGCUGUUGCUCUUGGAUUCGACAAAAAUUCUGUACUGAAAGCAUGUUGUGGAAUAGGUGGAGAAUACAAUUGUAGAGAAGAUAUGAGAUGUGGUAAUCCAGGAGUCAAAGCGUGUGCAGACCCCAAUAGUUACAUAAGUUGGGAUGGAAUUCAUUUAACACAAAGGGCAUACAGUUGGUUAACAAAAUGGCUAAUCGAUGACAUAAUACCACAAUUAAACUGCCUUGUUUGAAUUCAAUCUUUUAAUUUAUUUUUGUGAGAAAAAAACUGAUAUUGUUGGGUGGCAAUUAAAAAAUGAUAGGGAUUUAAUUUGUCGGAUCUGGCACUAUUUUUCAUGAACAAUGUAUGGAUUGUGGUAGAUGCAUAUUUAUGUCAUGUGUGUGAGUCUUUUAUAUUCUGGUCAUGUAUUUGUUUCUCAAGUUAGUUAUACUUUGUGUCUUUUUACGUCUAGAUAGUGAUAAGAUUUGCCUACAUUUUAUUCUCUUUAUACUCUACUUUGUAAAGUUUCACUCAAUAUGUUAAUGUUGUGUUACUAGUGUCAAUGUUAAUAAGUGAAUAUUUUGGCUGGUAAAUGUAUGUAUGCAAA